AUGUCUGAAUUCAUUGCAAUGUCAGAAAGGUAGGAGAUUUGAGCCCAUACUAAUCUUUCACCAAAACUAUUUUUAUAAAUGUAUUACGAGUCAAGCUUUAAUACCAGUGAAUAGUGGCAUUUCAAUGUUGUUCUAAAUAUUAUCUACUUAAGAUAUACUGUGAAUAUUACUUUGACUCAAAGUCUCCACGAAAUGUGUUUGUGGGAAAGAGGUAAAACAUCGUUCUUGAUAUUACAAGUGCAUCGCUAAAGCUCUUGCUACUAUGGUGGUUUGUCAUGAACUUAGAUAGUAAGUUCGAAUUACUCAAUGAAGUUAAAAUUACCCUCAGUUAAAGUUGUAUCAAGGUCAUUUCGCACGAGCUAGUUGUGAUCUUCGUAGUCAUGUCAGGUAGUUAAAUUUGCUUCUUUUCGGGUACCUCGACCGAAUAUUUUGUUGCUAAAAUUGAUCCGGAAUGCAAAGUGGAACAGCGGUUGCACAGCAAUAUCAGCUUGUCUUUCGAAAGACUUAAAGUAACCUGUUAGUGACUCUGACCAAGUUAAAAAUUUACUUGAAUUUAGCGGCUUCUGUUUCCUUCGAGUGAGCAGGCUUAUUCAACAAUUUUACUGAUCGUAAGUUUGCUGAAAAAUGUGUUGUUAUUAUUUUUUUUUUUUCAGAGGGCACGGUAAUGAAUCCUGCAAUCUGAUUGGUUCUUUACCCGGUCUGUAUUUUCCUAUCUCUGUCCACGGGCAACGGUAACGCUUUCGUGAGUCGCCGAGUACAUCCCUUCAUUCGUUGCUAUUUUUCAUAAAUACAUCUCGUUUUACCGGCUGGGCAAUAUUUUUUAGCAAAGAAGUCGGUCACUACCUCAAGCCGAUAAAUAACUUAUUAAUCCUCUCUUCUCUCUCUCUCUCUCUCUCUCUCUCUCUCUCUCUCUCUCUCUCUCUCUCUCUCUCUCUCUCUCUCUCUCUCUCUCUCUCUCUCUCUCAAGUCACUUUGGUCGACUGAGAAAUUUUCGUUUCAGAGUGAAUUUUUUUGUAUAAACAAUAAUGUCAUUACGUCGGUUGACAGGCGGCCUAAAAACCGUCUGCAAUUAAUUUUAAUCGUUCACAAAAAGGACCUAGAGAGUUAAAACGUAAGAUAUUUGGCUACAGUUGAACUAAUCGAUGGAACUUUCAUUCAUUUUAACAUCUGAAUUUUCUCAAACAAUUUGGUCGUAGUGAAAAGGCGAGCGAAGAUUUAAUUUCAGUUCUGCAACAAAUAUACGCUCUCGGUGAGUCUUUUCAAGUCCGUCCAAUUUGGACAUUUGUAUCGUAAAUUGCACACCAGAAACUUAAAGAAUUAAAUGAGAAAAGGUCGCAUGAAAUCCCCUUGUGUCUCGUUGGAGUAUAUCAUCCGAAUUUAGUUUCUGCGGAGGAAAGACCAGAUUUUCACACGCCAUUGCGGCAAACAAACGAGCAAUUCUCACAACUUCAAAACAAAAAAUUUGAAUUUACUUACAAUUACUUUCCUCGCCGAUUACUUAAUGAAAAAAGGUAAAUCUUCGUACAUAGAUUAAUCGUCGAUGAGAGUAAAUAAUACUUUCCGUAAGAUCAUUGACUAUUUUGAAGAAAAAGUUGUGGUGAUAGUCCUUGCCAAUCUAGUUUCGUUGUUUUUUAAAAAUUUACACGCGCUUUUUUCUUUUCUUACGCGCUCUCUAAAUGAGAGGUGUCAGAUUGUGACAGAUAUUUGUAUAAUAACGUUUCAAAGUUUAUUUGGAAGCCUUUUAAAUCACUUUAAUCAUUACGCAAAUGAAAAUGUUCCCUUUAAUUUGCGUCACCUCUAUUUUAACUACCAUUUACCGGCUCAAAAGCUGUCAGUUUAUGGAAGAUCUUGCCGUAUUUAUAGCCCUAAAUCAUUCAGGUUCUUUCGGAAUGAAUUUCGUCAAGUUUAAAAGAAAUAAAUAUGUUAUUUACCGGCUAAGGGUCGGUCCGUAUGGUGAAAAACUGUGACCUCGGCCUUGACCUCAGCAUUUUCAAGACCUCGGUCACAGUUUUUCACCAUACGGACCUCCCAGCCGGCAAAUAACAUAUAUGUAUUCUUAUUAAUCAGAUCAGGGUUAUCAUCUUGUAUCAUCAUUUUGUGGCAUGCUCUUGCGGCAGGCCCUUUGCUAUGAUUUCUCUAGAAAAUUUAAACAGUAAGCAAAAGGUUUUCACUCGAGUUCCUUGUUGCAAAUUGAACGAAAUACGACAAAAAUUGCAUAACAUUGCUCAUUGCUUGGUCAGGAUUAAAGCCAACCUUAGACAAACCGCGCUGCUGACCGUCAAGUUUUGAUAGACAUCUUGACCUGACAUUUCUUCAGACACGGACAACAAUACAAAGAGAAAUUACCGCACAGAAAAUAUAACUCGGCCUCCUUUUGAAUUCUCACCGCGCCAGGCUACGUCUGGUUAUCGUCUUGUAUCAAGCCACCGUUAUACUUUUGAACCUAAACAUUCGCGUUUAAGAGCGCUUGUCUGUAAAAAUCAGACAAAUUCUAAAUUUCACGGCAAGGGUGAAAAAAUCGAUUUCUUUCUUAUUUUAAUAUUAGAUAGGCUAGACUAUAACUAAAACCAGCAAAAUAUCUUUUUAUUUCAGAGAAAAAUGCAAAUAACAAAAUUCCGUUAAAAUCGUCAUUUUUAGCACAGGCGGCCCAAGCUCACGUCUCGAGAAAAAGCCAACUAUGAAUUCAUGAACGUGUCACGCGUUGUGUGACUCGGUGUUAAGUUACGGGAGGAACCGUUGAACCUUUUGCAGUUUUAUUUUCAUUGAACCUUCCAAAAGGUACUAUUGUAAGUUAAAUAAAGCAAAUGUAUCCCGAAUAAAUGCGAUGAAACAAAAAAUUCGCACUUCAUUGAACACGGAAUCAAUAGAAGGAAAUUUAAUUAUGGCUUUCAUUGUUCUAGUAUGUUGUGGGAAUUUGCAAGUCUCAGCUGGAGCAUUUUUCUGAUAUUUCAUCAUCAAUUUUAACUUAGAGAGAAAAGUACUGAGUUAAAAAAGAAAAAACUAGAAAAUGCGUGGUGAAAAGGAUCUAAAAUACAAUCGACUAUUUUAAGUUUUGCUCAUGAUAGCUUUAGUGACGCAACACGACAGUUGACAAGAUUAACAAAUCCAAUUCAAAGUAGGCAGCAUUUUAGCAUUUCCUUUUCCUUAGAAGUUUAUUGCACAGUUACACACAUUCUGAUAUUUGACAUUUCCGUUCGGUCAUCAUUGACACAUCUCACGAGCUAGUAAUGGGUAAUUUACUUGUACACAGUACAAGUUGCCUGUGUAUUUAAAAGUACGUGAGUUUAGCUCACUUGUAUUUUCUAUCCUUUCUAUUUGCCUUCUUAGAAUGUACAGAAUGCGAUGUCCAUCGUCCAAUUGGCUUUUCCUGGUUUUUGCGUUGCUUCUAUCCAUUGGUAAGACACUUCUACGGAAGCUUCUUUAAAUGCACCUCGUAUUUUAUUGAAAAAGCAACGAUACUUUAUGCCCUGCAUUCAACGCCUUUACUUUGCUUUCAGUGUAGAGUGUGCUUUUUUUGUAAAAUGGUUGAUUUACUUGAUUUUGUCUACUCAUCUUUCUUACUUAGACGCUAUCCUAGCAAGGAAAUCUGAACAAGUAAGUCAUAUUUUUCCUCGGAAAAAUGUUUCAAUGGUAGUUGAAUUUCAAUGUUCAUACCUUGGUUGGAAAAAAAAAAGAUUUCCAAACUACUUGUCCAAAUUUGCGAGGGGUUCGUAUUUUUCAAUGAUUACUUGAUGUUGCUUAUGUUUUGUAUGUAAGAUAUGAUGCGUUACGGAAAUUGAUUUCAUUUUGGUUGUGCGAUGAAGAUAUGAUAGUGAUGAGUGACUGAGACUGUCACAAAUAUAGUGCAACUCAAUUCCAUUGAAAUUAAAAAAAUUUUGCAAGACAUCAAUUUAUUCGAGUUGCACAAAGGGGGAGUAUCUUAUGAUUGGUUUGAAGCGUUUGUGUAUUUAUCUUCCUUGAUUCUUUCCUUAGAAUCUCCACCAUCACAUGACCAAGAGAGAAAUAGAGCAUUACUUUGGUGUCAAGGAUCAUACAAAAAGUAAGACAAAAAAGUUCCUUUUCGCAUUUUUGAUAAUUUUAAGCUGUUUUUGCGAUAUUUUGAGCAGUGAAAAGAAGGUUAGUGCGAUCGUUAGCCCAUUUAAGGUGUUGCUCAUAGACAUCGUAACUGACAGCGCCCCCGACGGUGGAGAGAGAAAUAAAGCGCCUUUCCCAAAAACGCAAUUAACUAAUGCCAGCCGAGUUUUGAACACGGACAUUUCGACCUGGAGUCUAACGUACUACCUGUUAAGGCAACGCUUGUUCCACAUUUCAACUGACACUGGGUAAGCCCCGAAAGGCCUAGACCUCUAAGAACGUAAGUUUUUGCCAUCUUUUCACAGUACCCGAAUACGAUAUCAGCUCACCACAUCAUACAGACGUUAAUGGAAGGACUAUGUCUCCCUUUCUCAUCAGGGGAGAUGUGGGUCAUUCAGAUAUUUUACAUUACGACCUGCAUGCAUUUGGUUCCAAAUUACGGCUGCGAUUGAGGCGAAAUCGUAACCUCAUGGCACCGAACUUAGUUAUUGAGAGACAUCACGGAAAGGGUAUGGUAACGACUCAAUCUGCGCCUAAAAACAAAUACUACUUGGGACAAGUUUUGUCCGAUCCAGAUUCCUUGGUGGCCUUGCGAGGUGACACAAGCUUGGUAAGAGUUUUGUUACGCUUGAUGGUAUCUUGACUUUUUCUCUAAACGUUUUUGCCAAGUGAUAGAAAAAGGAUGAUGGUAAGUUUAACUUCUUUGAAGUUUUUUAACAUGGUGCUCUCGCUCAGACACGCCUGUGUUUACUACCGUGUUAAUGAUGUGCAUGAAAAAUGACGCGCUUCUAACUGGCGGAAAAUUAGUGCAUUCUCAUGUAACUCGAGUGCAAAUUACAAAUAGCACGCGUGCAAUUUCAAAAUUUCGUCUGUCUUGCCUUUCUCGUAUGUUUUUUUUUUCAGGUAAAUUAUUAACAACAAAAACAUGAUUUCUCCUGCAAUUUGGUGUAAUAAACACUUGUAAAUUUUUUAAAGACUACAAAUUGUACUCACCAUAUGGACUCGUGCAAUUUUGUUCUCUUCGAAAAAAUUUACUCGUGCCUAUUAACACCGAAUUGCACUCAAAAUCAUCUCAUUACGCAUACAAAUUUCUUGCUGGUACUUACAUUAUGUUAAUUUUUUAUCAUUAGAUGGGUAUGAUCAGGACUUCUCGAGAAACACUAUUUAUACAGCCGCUCUCGACACACUUGGCCAGGAGAGUGAGGAGAAAUGCAUACUCUACACCGCACUUGAUUUACAGAAUUCCAACACAAGAAGCGGUUUCCUGUGAAAUGCAGUCAACAGGUUCGUUCGUUUUGUAAAACGAGCAAAUACUGGAAUUAGUGAUGCCACAGUAAUGGCGCAGGAGUCAUUGGUUGGUUCCCGCCUUAUGGUUCUCUUGUUUUCGGCCUUCCUCCACGAUGAUAAGCACUGCCAAUUUUAACUCGACUUGGGCACAAGACGCGAGGAUCAAUAAAUUCAGUUUACUUUUUAAUUUUUUUCUCUUGGCACUUCCACUGACAAUCUUUAUGUGAUUUCGACGACAUUAAACCUGCUUUCGGUAAACGAUUGUUGUCAGUAUAUCGCAUUGUGUUUAGAUGUACUUAUUUGGCUUUUUCCCACAGACCACUAGAUUUUUCAUCAGUACUGAGACCUUUUCUUUAUUUCUUUACUUCUAUUUUUUUUUCAGGAAAAGAUCGUAUCAAGAGAUCUACACUUUAUAGGAAGACUCGUGAAGUAAACCAAAAUGGCUAUAAAUUUCUUGAAGGAGCGUUAAUUGUUCCUAAAAGCUACGAACAGAAGUAUGGAACAGAUAAAUUUGCCACAGUACUCCUCGCUAUUGCCAACAUGGUAUGUUUGCUUGGGCAUGUUUACGACGAAACAAUAUUGAUUUUGUCUUAAUCAACGAGCUCUAAAAUGGCUGGAAGCCAGACAAACAUUCGCCGUAUCAGCAGCUUUUGGAGAUGCCCGAAGGUUCAUUUUUUCAUCAGUUAUCCUCUUUGAUAUGCAGAGAUUCACUUCAGUAAGAGUUUCGCUUCAACGAGAGGGUGGUUAUUAACUCGUCUUACACCUUUUAAAAGGAAAUUCCAUCUUUAUCAGAAUUACAUUUUUUCAUCUGAUAGGUUGCUGGUAUGUAUCAAGAUCCCAGUAUAGGAAAAAUCAAGGUCUAUUACGUGGUUACCAAGAUUGUUGUUAUGGAGUCAACAGUAAAGCUGGUAAGAAAUACUAUUAAGAACCAAGAUUGCUAAAGAUACUGUAGUUUAGAUUGGUCUGGUGAAAACGAACAAGAAGCCAUUGAUAAUAAAAAAGAUGAUAAAAGUGAAAGGUCGGAGCAAAUGCACGUGAUUGGAGCCAAGAGUGCGUGUGUAAACGUUGGAGACCAAGGCAUAUUGUUUCUUGUUUAAAAAGCUUCAGACGUGAGCCGGGAAGAGGGGUUCUGGCAAAAGUGUUAGCGAAAGAGAAAAAAAACAAAAAUAAAAGUCUUGCACUUUUGAACUCUUGUUUCUGAGAAGUCCUAUCGUGCUACAUCGAGUCAGGAUUUUUGAAAGAUAGGGAAAACCAAUUGAAACAAGUUUAAUUGCGGCUAAAAACUUUGUUUUCUUUUGCUGUAUAGGCUAAUUUCUCUAAGAUCGACAGCAAUAGCAAAAAGCUGACUCAGAUGUUGAAAUGGGCGGGACCUUCAACACUGAAAAGUAUUAACGACCCGGAUCACUAUGACGUGUUCAGUUAUGUGUCAAAGUACGUAUUAACUUUAGAUUCUCGGAUGAAUAUCAACAUAAUUUUCAUUCGACGUCAUGUUUGUCGCGCACAGCAUUGGGUCGAUAACCGAGCAAAUAAUACUUGGUCAGAAAUCAAACAAAGUGAGCCGAACAAACAUGCUCUUCCAGCUUGAUUUUGAACGAAAAUAUUGAUGUUACAUCCGGAACUGUAACUCUCAAGAUCUGAAUCAUGGUCCCUUUUCUAGUUGCUGUUCUUUUUCACGUAAGUAAACAAAAGAUGAAAAGCACCCUCGAGCUGAUGGAUUCGUCCAAUCCCAUCGCCUCACUUUUUCCUGAAUGAUGUAUAGACAGGACGUUGCAUGGGAAAAACCUUGAUAGCGGUAUUUUAAGUCUCUUUUGGGGUGUCAGAUUCAUCGGAAAAGGAACAAACAGCAUCGUAUCCCCUUGAAGGUGAAAAAGACUUAUGCUUGUUUUACGAGGCAUUACGUAAACGUUUCAAAGAGGCGCGGGGGAAAGUUUGCUUAGAGAGAGACAGAUACCAGCCUACAUUGUAAGAAAUCCUCUAUAAUUAACUCCUUUUGGCACAGAGGAUCAGACAGACAAACAGAGUACAGACAAACUGUUUAAACAGUUUUCUUUUCGUCACCAAAAGGACUCUAUCACGGAGCGUCUAAUUCUGGUAGAAAAUUAUAUUGUUUCGUGCAACUAAGCAACUGUCUCCCUAGACUUGUGAUGAAAUUUUUUAAUUGACCAUCUUACCACUUUUUUCCCUUUUUGCAGUGAAAUAAAAAGCGGAGGUAAGAUGCUCUUUGCUAACUUGUGUAAUCGGCUGAAAGAUGCCAAGCUAGAUGAAACGCGUCGUUUUAGAAAUUUUCAUAUGUUUUUGGGUGAUAAAAGUUCCAAGGAAGAUAAGAAGAAUAAAGGGUCAUUGAAUACAUCCAUAUAUGUAAAUUUUUAGGUCUCGCCAUAGCUAACCAGAUCUGUUCCAAGGCAGGCGCUGGGAAUGGUAACGUCAACGCUGAUGUUGGUCUUCAAACUGCACUUCACGUCGCACACGAGAUAGGUCACAAGUAAGUGACGACGUUGCGUUGUUUGCAUUUUUGCAUUAUGCCCGAUGUCAGUAUUUGUCUUUGUCUUGUACGCUCUCUUAUAUCAGAUUCCUUUGUCGCACAUUGGCUCGGGAAAACGAACCACCUGGAUCUAAUUUUUUUCUUUAAAUUAGAAUCUUUUAACAAUAACACGACGAGAUUUGUCGGAAGUUUCGUGUGUCGUGACUUGAAAGUUAAGGUAGCACAAUUAGCAGAUGUAUCGACAGUUUUGUUGCUACAUGUUUGCUUGUUUGUUUUUUUCGGUUUUUGUUCUCAAUAAUUAAUCGUCAUUGCUAGCUCUUGUACGUAAUAAGGUACGAAUGAGGUAAGAAAUGCUUGUACAUUACCAUCACAUGAGAAUUAAAGGCUUACCUUUCUCUGUUGCCGCAGCCUUUACCUUGAUCAUGAUGGCGAUGUAGGGUGUCCGCAGCAUCAAUACAUUAUGGACGCUGUUUUACCGAGUGGUAUCUAUGCAGCAACCUGGUCGAAUUGUUCCCGGAGGGUCCUUCAGGAAUUCUUGGGGUGA